CAGUGCGCGAGCCGUCUGUCGCGCCGCCGCCAUGGCCGCGCCGCGCCGCGACCGCUGACCGCAGCGCCGACCGCGCCCGUCUCCGACGCUCACUCGCCCGGCUCACACCUCGCUGCGCCGCGCCCGCCGCUAGGUAAAGUAUCGGCCGACGCGUUUUGCCCGCGCUUUGUUAGGCCGCGCGUCUCGCCUCGCGCCGUUUCUUCGUCCUUCGUACAUGCCGAUACAUAGGUAACGUUAUCAAGACAACAGUCCUUAUAAUCUGGGGGUCUGACUCGCUACGCAGCUCGCGACCACGUCUAUCUGGACUCGCAGCCGAGGAGACGACCUAUCCCGACGAUCGUGUGUUGUUCGCCCAACUGCUCCGAUGCUUUAUCGGUGUCGGGGGCGCAGCGCGGGCGCGAGCGACAUGCGGCCCCGCCGGCAGACGCCCAUGGAGCUCGGCUAGCGGCGCGCGCGCAGCACCCGCGCCCGCUCCCCGCGCCCCGCCCCGCCGACAACAUGGACCUCGCUGACGUGCCUCGACAUCGACCCCUCGCCUUCGAUAAGAUGGAAAGUUUGAUCAAGGAAAUGCAAGAUCCAGAAACGGGUGUACCAGUGAGAAGUCAGAAACUUUUUCUUAGUGUUAUUCCGUCAGCUUUUAUGGGUUACGAUCUUGUCGAAUGGCUAAUGGAACGGUUUAAUCUUGACGAAACUAGCAAUGGUGAGUGUUUAGUGGUCGGCACUGUGCCCUGGGCAGGCUGUCGCCGGCGGGCCCCAGUAGAUAGCUAUAGUGAGAAGUGGCACUUAUGUCCCCAGGUGUUGAUAUUUGAAGCAAUAAAUUUAGCCAAUCAACUCUGCCAAUAUGGUUACUUCUUUCCUGUCAACGAUUUGAAAAACCUUGUGUUAAAGGAUGAUUCUUCUCUAUAUAGAUUUCAAAGCCCAUAUUACUGGCCGUGGCAGGCGCCGCGCGUAGCCGGAGGCUCCGGCGCGCCGACCCUGGGUCCAGACAACGUGGAGUACGCCAUCUACCUCGUGAAGCGGACCUUAAGGAACAAACAGAGGCAUGGCCUCGAAGACUACGAGCAAGAGGCUCUCGCCAACCUCAAAAAGAAUCUCGCGGCCAAAUGGGACUUCAUCACUAUGCAGGCAGAGGAACAGGUACGAUUGGCUAAGGAAAGGAAGAAAGGCGACAAGAUCGUAAGCGAUAGUCAAGAGCGUGCGUACUGGCGCGUGGCACGACCUCCGCCGGGGUUGCCCAGCGCGCUGGAGCCGUGUCCCGUGCCCGUGCGCAACAGACAUCCGCGCCCCAAGAAGCGAACUAUCCACCAACUGACGCGGGAGAUCGAACAUCUAAAGGCGAGCCUAGAUCGCACACGAGUGAAGACUUCAAUUGCCCUAGAGGCCCUUAUGGCCUACUCGGAGACCUUCGCUCCCUACGAUCCCUGGCUCACCCCGCCGCAGCCCUCUAACCCUUGGGUCAGUGACGAUACGAUCUUCUGGCAGAUUAACAGUCCAAUAGUGGAAGUACCUAGUGAGAAGCGAGUGCAACGUUGGGCGCUGUCGAUCGAAGAGCUGGUAUCUGACCCGACGGGUUUGCAGGAGUUUACCAGCUUCCUGCGCAAGGAGUACUCCCACGAGAAUAUCCGUUUCUGGCUAGCUGUCAUGGACCUGCGCAGGAGCAGCACUAAGCAGAUCCCUAAGAAGCUCGAGGAAAUCUAUGAAGAGUUUCUGAAGCCAGGAGCACCGUGUGAGAUCAACAUCGACGGCGCGACCGCCGAGCGCGUAGCGGAGGGAAUCAAAUCAGGUUCCCGCUACGCGCUCGACCACGCUGCAGAACACGUAUACAAUCUGCUCCUGAAGAAGGACUGCUAUCCGCGCUUCGUGCGCUCUGAUCACUUCCAACGAUUGUUGGCCGAGGGGAAGAAUGUCCAUCAGAAGAAAGCAAAGUUCUUCAAUUUCGGGGGGCAAGUAAAGAAGAAGCCGGGAUCAACUAGCGGCAGCGGCGGCAGUGGCGCCGCGCUGUCCCGGCGACGAGGCUCAGACCGCUCGCUGUCGGGCUCCGCGCACGAGCUGGCGGUCUGCGCCGCGCAGCCUCCGCGCGCGCCCGACCCGCCGCCCCACAGUCACUCACAGUCCAACCUCGCAGAUAUACCCUUCAGGGACCCGGACGACGACACGGCGGACGUCCUACCUUGGGAGAGUUCGUCGCGAGAGGGAGUGUACUGCGUGGCAAGCCGGCGCCGGCAGGACUCCGCCGCUGACUCCGGGAGCUCGUCCUCUGACGUCAGCGCAGCCGUCGCUGUACAGGAGCGACGUCGACUGCCGCAGCAGAGCACGCUCGAUGGCGGGCUCAGAGGUGCGCCACCGCCACUGCGACGACUAUCGGCAGUGGAGCCUCGACACCUGGCGCCACUGGGCUCACCGCCGCAUUCACCACGGCCGCCCCGCCCUGCCCCAGCCCCAACAGCCGCCCCGCCCCCACACCCCACUCCCACCAUCAGCGUAAGCUCUGCGCCCGAUGAUGAAUCCGCGUCCCCCGCGGGUACAGGCUCGCCUGACGACCCGCGCUCGGUGACGCACUCCGACGAACCCUCAUCGGUGUUCGCGUCCGCCGACGUCACCCCCACUGAUCCGGCCCGGCCGGCUUUCAAGACUUUUGAGGAUCGGAGCUCCGUGUCCGAUCCCGGAUGUGAUGACUCUCGAUCUGAACUUUCGAAAGUGCCAGUGAGUGUGCGAUCCGCGCCCGAAUCGGAGUCUCGCGAUGACUCCUCCGCCUCGGGCGUAAUGUCAGACUCAAAGGAUUCCGAGUGGACAAGGUCGUCCGAUGACGAUGUCGCUUCUGUGAGAGGACCGCUGUCCCGAGAACCGUCAACGAUAAAGGAAAUCAGUUCGGCCUCAAGGAAAACUAAUAGCACAAUCGCCGAUCUUCCAAAAGGCGCUCGGGCCAAGGACGGCGUGUUAGAAGUCAAAUCGGUCCCAGAUUCCAAAACAGCGGUGAAUACCUCUGACGGAGGCAGUUCGAAGACCACAUCGAGUGAAGCGUCGAUGGAGACGACGCUGAGCAAUACUGCCGAGCCGGCUCAUCUGGCCCGUUGUCCGACGUCGAGCGUGGCCAGCAUUGUGAGUGCUUCACACGUGUCCAGCGAGGGCAGCAGGACGGAUGGCUCGAGCGUGCCUAGUACGGCGAGUGCUGCGAUCGCGGUCGUCCCGGGUGCGCCGAGCAUGCCGUGCGCACCGAAUACGGCGCCCGCACGACCGCCAGUGGCGCCGCUCGCGGUAUGUGAGGACAUCGGGGUCGACGACGACAACAUAGACAAAGUGCCUUCGGCGCCCCUGCUAAGGGUCUCGGGAGAAACCGAGAAGGCGAUCCGUUCGGACGCAACAAAAAAAAUUGCUCACACAGACGAACUGUCGUCGAUUUCUGAAUCCAAUAUUGUUAAGCGUGAUAAUAAAAGCGGCAUCGGCGAGCGCAAGCAGCGGAACGACAUUUGUCCCUGGGAGGACGAGAACUCGUGCGAGAGUGAUGCUCCAUUUGUUAAAACUUAUGCAACGCUCGGUUACUUAUAAUUUUUGUAGAUUUAUCAAUAUUUUAUGAUGUCAGGGUUAUAGAAAGAAAUAAUAUUUAAUUUUUUUAUCUUAGACCCUAUGUUUUAAUUGUCAGAGUUAGGCCAUUAUUAUGUAAUUAUAUGAAUAUUUUAAAGUAAAUGAUCGUUAAUUAUUAGAAAA